UGUGGCGUUGUACCAACGGAGUAGUGGGCGGUGAAAGCGGUUGAUUGAUGAUUAGAUUUACGGUGUGGAUCACGGCGGGGAGAGAGGAUGACUCACCCCCGUCUGAUGUGAUGUUCACCCCGCAACAGCUCGGCAGUGCGGUAGCACGCCGGUAGACCAGCCUGACACAUCGUUGUUGCUCCACCAAUAAAAGUUUAGCAAACUGUAAAGAUGCGUUUAGACUGCCCUAUGAUAUCUCGUUUGCUUCAAACUUGAGUGGUUGCCACUUGAGAGACUGAGCGUCGUGACUUAACGUACAUUUCGUGACGCCUGAUUGCCAUGGAAACAGUGCUCGUGCGCUGAGAGGAAACUGUCCGUGUUAACUUCAGCAUCAACCUUUUAAGAUAAACCUGUUGGAUAUCUGUGUUUUCUUAGUUUUCUUUCAUUGCUACACUGGCUUUACCUUCGGUUUUAAAUUGGCCACAAACCAGACCUCUAUUUCACAGGUGAGGAUGAUGGAGUUUCAAACGGAGAAGAGGUUUCACAACUUGACCCUCGAACAAAUCCAAGCUCUGGAUAAAGUCUUGACUGAGGUAAUCCCCAUCCACGGACGAGGAAACUUCCCCACACUGCAGGUGAGAGCGAAAGACAUCAUUCGUGUGGUGAAGGAUCGGCUGGAGGAAAGAGAUAUCCAGGUGAAAGAUAUACGGCUUAACGGCGCGACUGCCAGCCAUGUCCUGGUGAGGGACAACUGCCUGGGCUACAGAGACUUAGACAUCAUUUUUGGAGUGGAGCUGCCCAGGCAGGAGGACCUCCAGGUGAUAAAGGAGGUGGUGCUGGGAAGCCUACGAGACCUCCUCCCUUGUGGAGUUAACAGACAGAAGAUCACCUGCCUGACGAUGAAGGAGGCCUACGUUCAAAAGAUGGUGAAAGUUUUCAAUGACCACGACAGAUGGAGCCUUAUCUCGCUUUCGAACAACAGAGCUAAAACCGUGGCGCUCCGAUUCGUCAGCUCCCUUCGGAGACAGUUUGAGUUCAGCGUGGACUCUUUCCAGAUAAUAUUAGACCAAAUGCUGGAGUGUUACUGGGAGUCUGAAAGGAAACAAGGUGGUAAGUUGGCAUUGAGCGCUGGGAAUUUGUCUAAAAGAGACAACGAGGAUGAAAAGAAAAAGCAAGAGAAAUCAAGGAUUCCUCGAGAUGCUGAAGCAGAUGUUGAAAAAGACUCCAGCGGAAAAAGCCCAUGCCAGGAUGAAGCCGUUUCUGUGCUUGAGAAAGACCUUCCACAUGCAAUGGUUGAGCAUGUGGAUGGAAAGCACAAAGCACAGGAGGUGUUAGAACCUAACAGCGUUAACUUGCUGCAGCAGAAAGUGGAUGGCAUCAAGGAUGUUCAUUCAGCGGAGGACAUUGUGAUUGAGAUAUGUGAAGAAAAUGGCAAGGAGAAAGGACAGUUUCACACCGAUUAUCCUUUAGUUUCAUCCCCUAACACGUUAUUAACAGAUGUCAGGGAUCCACUGAUGACACAUGCAUGUUUAAAGCCGCAGAGUAAUGAAGAGCUGUCUGCAUCACAAGCUUCCCAAACAGCAGAGAAGUCAGCUCCGCAGGAAGUCCAUUGUGCGGAAGUUACUCAGUUUAAAGUUGACUCUUUAAUCUGCAGGAAUGAAAACACCAUACAAGAUUCACAUCUUGAAUUUUCCUUUCCUCCUCCAGCUAAGAAAACUUGCAGCACAUCACAGGACAUUGUACCGGGCUAUUGCCCUUCACCAAAACUACAAAGGAAAAUGUCACGGAAGAUGAUCAGUAAGCCCGAGAAAUGGUCUUUACUGACUGAUUUGUCCGAUCUUACAACGCAGCUGUUUCCACCAAUAGAAAUACCCAAGCCCCAUCAGCCUUCUUUACUGGAUGGCGCUCAAGUUCAUGGCUCAAAUGUUCUGGCCUUCACGCCAGAGAGCUUAGACACCCUUACAGCUCCCACGUGCAGUCCAGCCAGCACACUUCAGGAUGGGACUGGCUCCAGUGAAUCUGUGGAACAAACUGUCAAGCCAAAACACUCGAAGAAGCCUCCUGAUUUAGAGACUCAAAGCCUCAUACAUGCAGGAAAUGUACAGCCUCAGACGAACGAGCAAACGACCAACGUUGUCCCAAACAGGUGCGGGGCUAGCUCAUGGGCCGGGGCGACAGGGGAGCCCACCAUCACUGUCGAAGCGGAGUGCAUGUACGGAGACUUUGACCAGGCGAUGGACCACCUCCGCCUCCGACUCAUCGCCACCCACAACCCAGAGGAGAUCCGAGGAGGGGGCCUGCUGAAAUACAGCGACCUGCUGGUGAGGAACUUCCGACCGGCCAGCGAGACAGAGAUUAAAUCCUUAGAGCGAUACAUGUGCUCGCGCUUCUUCAUCGACUUUCCCGACGUGAGCGAGCAGCAGCGUAAGAUCGAGGCCUACCUGCAGUGCCAUUUCAUUGGCAACGAGGAGACGAGCAAGUACGACUACCUGAUGACCCUGCGCCGCGUGAUAGAUGAGAGCACGGUGUGUUUGAUGGGACACGAGAGGAGACAGACCCUCAAUAUGAUCACAGUCCUGGCUCUGAGGGUGCUGGGCGAGCAGAACGCCAUCCCCAACACAGCCAACGUCACCUGUUUCUACCAGCCGGCUCCGUACAUGGCGGAGCCAAUUUACAGCAGCUACUUCAUCACCCAGGCCCAGCCCCCACUCGUCUACCACCCCUACCCGCUACAUGUGCACAUGCAGACUGGCCUAGUGUAGCUACAGUGACAUGUCCACAUGGAGGCAUGUAGGCUGCUUUUAGCAUGGUGCUCUGCAAGAAGAGGCACAAAUGGAAGUUUUAAUACCAGCAGGCAACGACGGGGGCAAUGCUUUGAAACCCCUCCUGCUUAUGACACGAAAGGUCAGAACUGAAAGGGGUCUGGAGGCAAAGCAGGCACCCUUUCAAGAUGAACACUUUGAAAAGGAAAGAAACGCUAUGAGCCCACUUUUCAGAGAGCUCGUAGAGAGGAUUUCAUUGAAGUGGAGGGAGUUUGUUCACAGCUGUUUCAGCUCAGCUUUGGCGGGUCUCUUUAGUCACCAUCCCCUGUCGAGGAGAAUGUUGUAAUGUGACGCUUCUCUAUGGCUUUAAGAUGCACUUCUCCGACAUUAAAAAAAACAUAAUACCUGUUGGCAGCAAAAACCUUAAUUCGGUUAAAGCUUGCAAAAUUAUAACGUUUCUGAGGUGUUGAAAGUGUUCUGAGGUUUCUGAAAAACAUAUAGCUGUUUUGUGAAUCAUCAGUCUCUGCGGAGUAAAUUUCAGACUGUACCUGUGUAUUCACUGUAUAGAAAUAGGACAUCAUUUACUGAGGGCAUACAUUAGACACAAUCUGCUGUGGUAUUUUCAUGAUAUUGUUCUAUAUUUGUGAAUGUAAACACCUAAUUUCAAAGGUAGAGUUAAGAAGUCCAAGGUUUGGCUCUAUGGAAAUUACAAGAGAGAGUAAAUUUCUUUGGAAAAUAUCUUUAUUUAUUGUUUUGAUCAGAUUUGAUUGACAGGGGCCUGGCAAAAUGAGAAAACAACAACAUCGCAUUUUUCAAGCAAAAUUAGAAACUGACAAAAACAUCAAUUAAGAAAUCUCUGAAAAACUGUUCAAAAUGUGUUAUCUUGUACGACUCAAUCUCUCAUAAUGACAAGAAAAUAGUUUUGGGGGCCUUUUAUUGUUUUCUUUGAACAUCAAAAGCUUAUUUAUGCAAAGAAAAGCUGUAAAAUAUAACUUUAAGAUGAGAAAAACAGAACUCUCCUUUGCGCUUCCAUUAAAAGAUCUGACCCCUAACUUCAAUCAAACUCACAAUCAGUGACAUGUUGUGAUGUUAGGGAGUGUUUAUUCUUGCUUUUCCAUUGAGGCCAUAUCUCCCUGGAUAUUAUCAGAUAGAUUCUCCUAUUAUUCCAUAUCGGAGAAACAUCCCACGGAAUCACCUCCUGUUGGUAUUAUAAUGAAAGCCUUGGCUGUCUUGUUGUUUUUUUCUGCUGAAAAUGAAGCGAGCAUGUUGAAUUCUGUUUUUCCUCAUGUCCAACAGGCUGAAUAGACUUCCUGUGUGUGUUACAUGAUGACAGUUGUGUGUUGUAGUCGGUGUUAGUGAAUGUUCUGUUAGGGUUUUGCCUGAGUGCUACAAUGUUACCGCACAUUUCAAAUAAUCAAGCAGUCAAUGCAGCUAGCAGUUAUUGCACUCUGUCCCUGUGUGUUUGUUCAUUGUGUAUGCAUACAGUACAUGUAUUCAGUAUUUAAAAAAAGGAAAGGACAUUUAAGCACAAGUUAGGAUGUGUGGGAUGUUCACACUAAAUCUGAGACUGAAGCACAAUGUAAAUGCUCAUAGCUGUUGUUGAGUAAUGAAGUUUCUGACUCGAGAAUCUACGACUAAAUAUUGAAAACGUCUAGUGUGGUUUUGAAGUGGUGUAUCGAUCUCGAGACUUGGACGUGUUGUGUAUCGAACUGUUUCAAAAAUAUUCCUGUUAUGAUAUGUAGUUGGUCAGAUUGUUGUGUUAAUGUGGAAAUAAAUAUAAUGCACCAA